AUGAGAAGAAAAGCAAGUCCACUAAUUUUCCAUGGAAAUGCAAUGCAGUCAGGAAGGAAGGAAGUUUGUUUAGCAAUACUGCACGUGACUUUAAGUGAUCAUUGCAGUAGGACGAUGAUAGUCACUCAAUUGAAUGCAUCGCAUGACAGUCUUGAGUCGGUCUUAAAUACAACCAGUACGCAUGUUUCUAAUUUGUACCUGCUGAGGGAAAAUACAAGAAAAAAAACUGUUUAUUGGCGAUUCAAUUGA